CGCUCGUAGGGGGAGCUGCUGCAGGCUCCGCGGCGGCGGCAACGGAGGCUGCGGGGGCGUCGGCGCGAGCGGCCGGGCUUGGGGGGGGAGCCGAGCCCGGCCCGGGAGUCCGAGCGGCGAGAGCGCGGGGUCCCUAGGCCCCUCACGCUGGACCCCACAGUCUCUGGGCCGCCUGACCUCCGCACGGGUAUAUGGGAUGGAAGCGGGACCCUCGGGAGCAGCUGCGGGCGCCUAUCUGCCCCCUCUGCAGCAAGUGUUCCAGGCACCUCGUCGGCCGGGCAUUGGCACUGUGGGGAAACCAAUCAAGCUCCUGGCGAAUUACUUUGAGGUGGACAUUCCUAAAAUCGACGUCUACCACUACGAGGUGGACAUUAAGCCGGACAAGUGUCCCCGCAGAGUCAACCGGGAAGUGGUGGAAUACAUGGUCCAGCAUUUCAAGCCUCAGAUCUUUGGGGAUCGCAAGCCUGUGUAUGAUGGAAAGAAGAACAUUUAUACUGUCACUGCCCUGCCCAUUGGCAAUGAACGGGUCGACUUUGAGGUGACAAUCCCUGGGGAGGGAAAGGAUCGAAUUUUUAAAGUCUCCAUCAAGUGGCUAGCCAUUGUGAGCUGGCGCAUGCUGCAUGAAGCUCUGGUCAGUGGCCAGAUCCCUGUUCCCCUGGAGUCUGUUCAAGCCCUGGAUGUGGCCAUGAGGCAUCUGGCAUCCAUGAGGUACACCCCUGUGGGCCGCUCCUUCUUCUCACCGCCUGAGGGCUACUACCACCCGCUGGGGGGUGGGCGCGAGGUCUGGUUCGGCUUUCACCAGUCUGUGCGCCCUGCCAUGUGGAAGAUGAUGCUCAACAUUGAUGUCUCAGCCACUGCCUUCUACAAGGCACAGCCAGUGAUUGAGUUCAUGUGUGAGGUGCUGGACAUCAGGAACAUAGACGAGCAGCCCAAGCCUCUCACGGACUCCCAGCGUGUUCGCUUUACCAAGGAGAUCAAGGGCCUGAAGGUGGAAGUGACCCACUGUGGACAGAUGAAGAGGAAAUACCGCGUGUGUAAUGUUACCCGACGCCCUGCUAGCCAUCAGACGUUUCCCUUACAGCUGGAGAGUGGACAGACUGUGGAGUGCACGGUGGCACAAUAUUUCAAGCAGAAAUACAACCUUCAGCUCAAGUAUCCUCACCUUCCCUGCCUGCAAGUUGGCCAGGAACAAAAGCAUACCUACCUGCCUCUAGAGGUCUGUAAUAUUGUAGCUGGGCAGCGCUGUAUCAAGAAGCUGACUGACAACCAGACUUCAACCAUGAUAAAGGCUACAGCUAGGUCGGCUCCAGACAGACAGGAGGAGAUCAGCCGCCUGAUGAAGAAUGCCAGCUACAACCUAGAUCCCUACAUCCAAGAAUUUGGAAUCAAAGUGAAGGAUGACAUGACGGAGGUGACAGGGCGAGUGCUGCCGGCGCCCAUCUUGCAGUACGGCGGCCGGGUGAGCAGGAACCGGGCCAUUGCCACACCCAACCAAGGGGUCUGGGACAUGCGGGGGAAACAGUUCUACAAUGGGAUUGAGAUCAAAGUCUGGGCCAUCGCCUGCUUCGCACCGCAAAAGCAGUGUCGAGAAGAGGUGCUCAAGAACUUCACAGACCAGCUGCGGAAGAUUUCCAAGGACGCAGGGAUGCCCAUCCAGGGUCAGCCUUGUUUCUGCAAAUAUGCACAGGGAGCAGACAGUGUGGAGCCCAUGUUCCGGCAUCUCAAGAAUACCUACUCAGGGCUGCAGCUCAUUAUCGUCAUCCUGCCAGGGAAGACACCAGUGUAUGCUGAAGUGAAGCGUGUUGGAGAUACACUUUUGGGGAUGGCAACACAGUGUGUGCAGGUGAAGAAUGUGGUGAAGACCUCGCCUCAGACUCUGUCCAACCUCUGCCUCAAGAUCAAUGUCAAACUUGGUGGCAUUAACAACAUCCUAGUCCCACACCAGCGCUCUGCUGUCUUUCAACAGCCAGUGAUAUUCCUGGGAGCAGAUGUUACACAUCCCCCAGCAGGGGACGGGAAAAAACCUUCUAUCACAGCAGUAGUAGGCAGUAUGGAUGCCCACCCCAGCCGAUACUGUGCUACUGUGCGGGUGCAGCGACCACGGCAGGAGAUCAUUGAAGACUUGUCCUACAUGGUGCGUGAGCUGCUCAUCCAGUUCUACAAAUCCACCCGGUUCAAGCCUACCCGCAUCAUCUUUUAUCGAGAUGGGGUCCCUGAAGGCCAGCUCCCCCAGAUCCUCCACUAUGAGCUGCUGGCCAUUCGUGAUGCCUGCAUCAAACUGGAAAAGGACUACCAGCCUGGGAUCACUUACAUUGUGGUGCAGAAACGCCAUCACACCCGCCUUUUUUGUGCUGACAAGAAUGAGCGAAUUGGGAAGAGUGGUAACAUCCCUGCUGGGACCACUGUGGACACCAACAUCACCCACCCUUUUGAGUUUGACUUCUAUCUGUGCAGCCACGCAGGCAUUCAGGGCACCAGCCGACCAUCCCAUUACUAUGUUCUUUGGGAUGACAACCGUUUCACAGCGGAUGAGCUCCAGAUCUUGACAUACCAGCUGUGCCACACUUAUGUACGAUGCACACGUUCCGUCUCUAUCCCAGCACCAGCCUACUAUGCCCGCCUGGUGGCUUUCCGGGCACGAUACCACCUGGUGGACAAGGAGCAUGACAGUGGAGAGGGGAGCCACAUAUCGGGGCAGAGCAAUGGGCGGGACCCCCAGGCCCUGGCCAAAGCCGUGCAGGUUCACCAGGACACUCUGCGCACCAUGUACUUCGCUUGAAGGCAGAACGCUGUUACCUCACUGGAUAGAAGAAAGCUUUCCAAGCCCCAGGAGCUGUGCUGCCCAAAUCCAGAGGAAGCAAGGAGGGAGGUGGGGUAGGGAGGAGUACAGGAGGCCUUGUUUCUCUCUAUAGCAGGGGUAUAAGGAUGGGGAACAGGGCCAGCAAGACAGACCACCAGCCAGAAAUCUCUGCUGUCAACCUCAUGCCCCCAUCCUUCACCCCAUCUUGUCACAUCUGGCCCUGACUCCACUGGACCAAGAGGGGUAGCACUGAUGCCCACCAUACACACAGGUGUCUCAUGUGACUCUCAGUGCUAAAACUCAUGCUUGACAGCUUGGUAAGGUUGGCUCUGUAGCCCUGCGGACAAGUGCUGGUAGGUUUGGGUUUGAUAUUUUAGAUGGGAAAGCGAGGGGCUUGAGAAACUGGGUGAGAUGAGGGAAGGAUUUUUUAGGAGCCUUAAAUCAGAAAUGGUCUAGAUUUGUUUAAGAAGAAAAAUGAAACCAGACCCAGAUCAAUAUUUUAGGAUACUAAACGUUUUCAUGGGUUCAGAAUCCAGUUUGUAGGAAGAUUUUUAAUGGUUUUGGUUGCUCCUCCCCCAGCUCCCCCCCUCAUUCCACUCUCCCACAUCUUCUACCCCACCUUACACUUCCUCCCUGACAGACAUCCAGCCCCCCUCGUAACACUUAAGGCACUAUGGCACUUAGCUCAGAAGUGACACGACCCUGUCUUCCUUCCGCCUGCUGGUGGGUAACCAGUGCCUUCCCUGUAACGGUAAUGCUGCAGAACUGCAACCUUUUGUACCUUUCUCUGGGGGUUGGGGUGGGGUGGGAGAGGAGGUAAGUGGCGAAGAAAUAUCCCAAACCCAGUGAGCCUCCAGCCAGAAUGCCAGGUAUUUCGCAUUUGAAGGAAUUGACUUCCACAUUCUUUGAGCUUUUAAAAAGAUCACAACCUCAAGAUGGUUAAAAUCCAUUGACAUUUGCACUUUCAGACACGACAAGUCUCUGAGCUGCUGAGAUGACCGGCCCCUAGCCUUUCCACUUCUGCCUCCUUUUCACCCUGUCCCCACGCCUCCCAUCUUAGCGGGUCUAGCAUUUCUCACAUUGCUUCUUUUUCCCCUGAUGCUCAACUCUCUUGUGUUUCAUUUAUUUCUUAACCGGGGUGUCUUAUAACAAAAGAUCCUUAGAUCUAAAAGAAGAAAAAAAAAAAAAAAAA